AUGGCUAACACACAACAAGCGGGAAGCGGAACGCUGCUACUCAUUCUGGUCCAAGUGGCCUCCAGGGGCCUUACCUUCAUUGGCAACCAAUUCCUGCUCCGCUUCCUGUCGCCCUCGCUGCUCGGCAUAGCCGUCCAGCUCGAGCUCGUCUCCGUGACGUGCUUGUAUUUCGCGAGGGAGAGUCUGCGCGUGGCCCUGCAGAGACAGCCGCCAUCACUAUCGCCAGCCACGCAGAAGGAGUCGACCUCGACAACAACAGGCGACAAAGGAACUGCUGCCCGACGGCGCGAGACACAGACGGUGGUCAACCUGUCCUACUUGGCUGUUCUCCUGGGAUUCGCCAUCUCGAGCAUCUUCGGCUACUUUUACUUACGGGGCGUAGCGCACGAGGCUCUACAAAGUCCCUACUUCGGCCCGUCCUUCCAGAUCUACGCGACCGCGACCAUCAUCGAACUGCUGGCCGAGCCGGCCUUCGUGGUGAUCCAGCAGAGGGGCCUCUUCCAGGAGAGGGCCCGCGCAGAAACGAGUGCCGCCAUGGCGAGAUGUUUUGCAGCCUGCGCCAUUGCCCUAUUCGGCCAUCGACGCGGCGUGGACCCCUCGAUCUUGCCGUUUGCAGCGGGCCAGGCUGCCUACGCUGCCACCUUGCUGGGCCUGUAUCUUCUGCCGGUAUUGCGACUGUCAAAGGUGGAGAAUUUCCACCUCGUUCCCGCGGCAGUGGUACGGUCGGGUUCGUCCAUGUCGACGGCUUCAGCGCAGUACCACUUUGGUCUCUUCCACAAGGAGAUCCUAUCCCUGGCCACGACGAUGUACAUGCAAUCGGUGUUCAAGCUGCUCCUUACGCAAGGCGACGCCCUGAUCAUGAGUUUCCUAUCGUCGCUCGCCGAUCAGGGCGCCUUCGCGCUGGCCUCGAACUACGGCGGUCUACUAGCCCGGCUGGUCUUCCAACCCGUCGAGGAAAGCAGCCGAAACACGUUCGGACGACUGCUCGCGCGGGGGCCAGCGGUUGACAAUGCCAGCCCCGUGGCUGCAUCGACAUCCAAUCCGAUCGACGAUGACCAGGGCGAACUUAGUAGACCGGAGUCACGGAAGGCCAGCGACAGGCACGCCAACGGUACCAACACCAACACGCGUGCCGCCCUAGGCUACCUCUCAACAACACUCCGUCUAUACCUCCUCUUCGCCCGCCCACUCGUCACCCUCGCGCCGGCCAUCCUCCCCGCUCUCGUCCCCUUCGUGCUCUCUCCCCAAUGGCGCACCCCAUCCACGAUCACCCUCCUGCAAACGUACUGCUACUACAUCCCGCUGAUGGCCGUCAACGGGAUCCUCGACGCCUUCGUCACCUCCGUGGCCACGCCUGCACAGCUGCGGAGCCAAUCGCUGUGGAUGCUGGCGUUCACUGGCGUAUACGCGGCCGCGGCGUGGAUGAUGAUGGAUCUCUGGGAGAUGGGCAGCGUCGGGCUCGUGGGCGCGAAUAUGCUCAAUAUGGCGCUCCGGGUGGGGUGGAGCGUAAGGUAUAUUCGGGCGUGGGUGCGCGAGAGGGAGAGCGAAAAGGAAACGGAGACGGAGAUGGGCCAGAAGGGGUUGGGGUUGGGGUUGUGGAGAGGGAUGCUCCGCGAGGUGAUGCCCAAUGUGGGUGCUGUUCUUGGGGUGGUGAUCUUGGUGGUUGCGGUCACUGUGUCUUCACGAUGGUCGGGUAUGAAUGUUCGUGCUGUCAAUACUGGCGAGGUCAGUUUCGGGGAUGUUUUGGUGUGGGUGGCAGGGGCUGGGAUCUUGGUGUCUACGAUGUGA